CGACACUUCCUGUAUUUUGAUACUGUCUGUCAACUGCCGCAAGCAGUUACGGACGAUGGGCAACUUGAUUAGAUGCUGCUUGCCGCGCUCGCCCCGGCUCAUGAGCUUGCCAGCGCCACCUAGAUUGCCAUACUGGAUCCAGCGGGCUGCGAUCGCCUACGACGACCUGACCUUUGGCGAGCGCUUGGACGCUUGGAAGCGCUUGGACAAAAGCCCAUACUGGGUUCGGAAGGUCUUUAAAGGCGAGCUUCAUGGAAUGCCCGUCGUCAUCAAGAAGCUAUUCCAUUACGGGUACGAAUGGGACACCAUGCAUUGGGCGGACGAGAUUCGGCUCCUCUCAACGCUCCGGCACCGCAACAUCGUCCUCUUCGUUGGCUUCAGCACCGACGCCGACGAUACCUGCUACCUCGUGACAGAAUACAUGGAGCGCGGCGACCUCGGGUCCAUCCAAAAGGACCCAUCCACGGCGCUGAGCUGGACGGACCAGCUACUCGAGUUUCUCAUCGACAUUUGCCGCGGCAUGACCUAUUUGCACGCACAAGUGCCAGAGUAUAUUCACGGUAACCUCAAGGCCGCCAAUGUCCUCAUCAGGUACUACCUCCUCGCCAAGCUUGCCGAUUGCGGUCUUGCGCGUCUCUCGACGCUACGCCGUCACUAUGAUCUGCAAAUGCCGUUUUGGGAUGCGCCCGAGAUCCUUCGCGGCGACACGUGCACAUCGACGGUCGACGUGUACAGCUUCGGCAUUGUGCUCGCCGAAAUCGACACGCGCAAGAGACCGUACCACGAGCACCACAUAAACUACGCGAGCGUGGAUCAACUCACACGCAAGAUUGUGCACAACAAGCUGCGGCCAACGCUUUCGGAGAACGUUCCGGCAAGCAUUGCGAGCAUUUACCAGCGCUGCGUGCUUGACGAUCCAAACGGGCGCCCCAGCUUUGACCAGCUCAAGGCUGAGUUUGAAUCGCUACGCGAAACACUGGCUGCAGAGGUCCAAGAGUCCGACAUCGGCCAGGAUGCGCUCAGUACUCGCACGGACGACAACUUUCGUGUCGGGGGAGAGGAUGCCCACGACGCGGGCUCAACGACGCUGCCCGACGACAUUCGACAAGUCGAUUUUCAGCCCGCCCGCGUCCGUUCUGUGGCGAGGGAUACCGAGCGCAACCCAGCUCUGGACCGAUUGUACCAUGCACUGCAGCGUCUUGAGCAGCAGACUGCAAACGCACCGAUCGCAGUGGCCCAAGAGCUUGACUUCGCCAAGGACGCACUCUCGGCUCGCUUGAACGGCGACUUUUGUGUGGAGCAAAAGAUGGCGGCGUGUUGACAAAAUAGAAUGCAAGCCCACAGUUAAUAACAAACCAGCUUGGAAUCACAAUA